AUGAAUCGGGAAGACGAACCACCGGAGAAAAAGAAGAAGAAGAAUCCAUAUCCUCCGUCGUGGUUUUUGUCGCUUCCAGAUGUAAUCCUUGUGAACUGCUUAGCCCGCGUGCCGAGAUCGUAUUACCCGAAACUCUGCCUAGUCUGCAAAACCUUUCGCUCUCUAAUCUUAUCCACUAAGUAUAAGCUCUCCGUGGCUCGAUUUCACCUCAAAACACAAGAAGAUGUCUUACAUGUCUGCUUACAGUUGCCCACUCAGGCUCUUCCCUCCUGGUUCAGUCUCUGGAUCAGACCUGACCAAACCCUAACCAACCACAUCGGUAAGAAGAAGAAGUCUACAAGAAACACAUUGCUGGUACCAACACCUUGUUCGUAUAUUCCUUGUGUGCCAAAGUUCAUCGUUUCGGUUGGCUCAGAAUGUUACGGAAUCAGCCAAAGGAAUGAUCCGUCCUCUGCAUUGUGGAUUCGUAAUCAAGAGACUAACAGAGAGAUCCGCUUGUGGCGUGAAUGCCCCAACAUGAGGGUAGCUCGACGGAGAGCUGUCGCCGGCGUUGUCGAUGGGAAGAUAUACGUAAUGGGAGGCUGCGAGGAGAAUGAAACUGUGAAUUGGGCCGAGGUUUUCGACCCCAAGACUCAAACAUGGGAAUCUCUACCCGACCCUGGCGCCGAGGCCCGCCUCUCUUCGAUUAAAACAGUGGAGGUGUUCGGAAGAAAGCUUUACGUUAGAACUAGAAGCAACGAGAAGAAGGACUAUGUUUAUGAUCCUAGAACAAACCAAUGGAGCUAA